AUGGAGACAUCAAGAGUCGCUCUCAUCACUCUCGUGUGUGUUGUGUUCUCCAGUCAGAAGAGGAUCUCUGGAGCAGAAGUGGAGAUGAGAGUCAGUCCAGGAGACGACGUCACUCUCUACUGUGACUGUGUUAGUAAAGGUGGAUUGAAUCCGGUGUGGUUUAGAAACUGCUCACAUGAGCAUCAACCUCGUUUAAUAAUAUCGUAUACAGAUUUUAUACGUUCUUCUUUUCCACGUUACUCGUUUGUGUUUAAUAAAUCCACCAACACACAGAAUCUGCAGAUUAAAAACGUCACAGAAUCAGAUCAGGGCCUGUACUACUGCGCUCUACAUGAGAUAAAUAUCACGGACAGUAAAGGUGGAUUAAUACUCCAGAGAGACGUGUAUCACCAUGGAAACAGAUCAACUCGACUCUCUGUACUCAAACCCUGUCUCUGUGAUGUGUGUGUAUCAGAGGGGAGUGUAAGCUGGAGUCUGGUGUUGAGUGUGUGUGCUGUGUGUGUUCUCCUCUCCUCACUCCUCUCCUCCAUCUGUGUGUACUGCCUCUGCACAAACACCACUAAAGGAUCUGAACAGAGAGGAGAGCUGAUCACUGAGAAUGACUUUCAGGUACAUCAGUGUGAGAAGAGUGUAAACGGGGAGUUUUGUUGUCACACUGAAGUCUUUUACACACUUCAGAAACCAGCAAUCAAAUCAGACUGAACACCCCCCCCAACACACACACACACACACACACUUUUUUCUUUGUGUUAAACCCUGCACUUGUGUUUUCUUCUGUUUGUAAUGAAGACUUUACAAAUCAAAAAUCAAUAAAGACAAAUCUGUUUUAUUUUAAAAUCAC